AUGGACGAGUUACGUGCUGCCACUAUUGCUACUGCUACGCAACAACAACAGUCAUUUCAUGGAUGGAAAGAUUGGACAAAUAAAAAUAUUUUUGCAUCAUCUAUUGAUGAAACAGUAUUUGAUUAUGGUUAUCAGAAUCAGGAUACUACUGCUACAGAAAAUAGAAUUCAUCAAGAAAUGACAACAACUGAUGAAGAACGUACUUCUGAACAACCAAUUACAGCAUUACAAGCUGCUUGGAAUGUUACAAAUGCAAUUCAGGGAAUGUUUAUCGUCGGUUUACCUAUCGCUGUUAAAGUUGGUGGAUGGUGGACAAUUAUAGCAAUUCUUGGCGUUGCAUAUUUGUGUUAUUGGAGUGGAAUUUUACUCAUCGAUUGCUUGUAUGAAAAUAAUGUUAAAAUAAGAAGUACGUAUCAAGCGGUAGCAGAAGCGUAUCGUCCAGGAAUGGGUCGUUUUGUAUUAUGUGCGCAAUUGACGGAAUUACUGAGUACUUGUAUCAUUUAUAUUGUAAUUGCAGGUGAUUUACUUCAAAGUUGCGUACCAUCACUUGAUAAAUCCGCUUUGAUGAUGCUUGUAACAACAGCGCUUCUUGGCUGUGCUUUUCUAGACUCAAUUCGAAUAGUAAGCAAUUUGAGCCUGAUGAAUGCUAUUUCACACCUAAUCAUUAAUGCUAUCAUAUUCAUUUAUUGUUUAUUUCAGGUUAUACCAUUUACAUUUGAUAUUCGUACCAUGCCAACAGUGAUUGGUGUGGUUGUAUUUGGCUAUACUUCACAUAUUUUUCUUCCAUCAUUAGAAGGUUCCAUGGAGGAUCCAACCAAAUUUAAAUGGAUGCUUCGUUGGUCACAUAUCAUUGCAGCAAUUUUCAAGUCUCUCUUUGGUCUUCUUGGCUUCCUAACAUUUGGUGACUUUACGCAAAAGGAAAUUUCCAAUUCAUUACCAAAUCAAACAUUUAAGGUAAUAGUUAAUUUGGUACUGGUUAUAAAAGCACUCUUCUCAUAUCCAUUACCAUAUUUUGCUGCUGUUCAUUUACUUAAAGAUAAUUUAUUCAUGGGCACACCAGAAACACUAUUCACAAGCUGCUAUGGUAUUGGACAUAGUUUACGUGAAUGGGCACUUUGUUUACGAAUUAUUUUGGUGCUUAUUACACUGCUAAUGGCAAUGUCGGUACCAUACCUAAUUGAACUAAUGGGCCUAGUUGGCAAUAUUACUGGAACUAUGCUGAGUUUCAUUUGGCCAGCUAUGUUUCAUUUGAAAUUGAAAGGAGCAAAUGUAAAAGAAAGUGAUCGAAAUUUUGAUAAAUUCAUUAUUGGUACUGGCAUCUGCUUAAUGACCAUUGGAUUAUAUUUUUCUGCACUUGAGCUGGUACAGGCAAUUCGUUAUGAAGAACGAUAG